CCUUCCUGGGUGCGUCCCUGUACCAAACUGUAUAUUGUUUCUGAGGUUUUUUAUUUACUAAUUAUUACUAAGUACGAGACUGAAAAAAAUGCACUCUGCAAAAAGGUUAGCUAGCAGUGUAAGCCCCUUUUGCAAGUCACACUAUGUAACCCGGUGCCCUUCCACUAAUGUCUGUACCAGCGAGUGAAGACGCGAAUGCUUUGAAAAAUCUAGGAGAAAUGUGCCUACAGAUUCAAGCCGGGUUCUACAAGAAAAUCCUUCCCGGCUACUUCACUCCCAUAAGGAGUUACAAAGUUGCAACCCUAAAAAAAGAUAUUGAGAAGCUUUCUAAGACAGUAAACGAAAAGGCUGAAGCUCGUAAACGAUGGGAAGACCUCAAAUCCACUCUACAGUUGAAGGAGGAAGAUUUUGAAGAAGCUCUUGAUGCUCUACAGGAAGGAUACAACCGAAGCCACAAUUUAAAACCACCAAACCUAAAUGUAAAAGUGCUAAAAGAAUCAGCUGAGUCAUUGGAAAGGCAAAAAAUCUUGAAGGGAUGGAUCUCUCUGGAGCGAGUCAACGGUCUGAUAGAUAUUUGGAAAAACCUCGUGGACUGUGGUGAAAAAGCCUGAACAGUCAUUGCAAUAUCGGACUGAAACUUUGCUACGUAGUAAGGCUUUUAAAAUCUACGAAAUCUCAAGCAUAUUGCUUUGGAAAUCUGAUGGGGUAAAAGAAAACGGGCAAGACCAAUUUUAGCUAACGCUAGGGAUUAGUAGAUUGCCGCGACAGUUUUCAUUGUGAUCCUUAAUACAAUAAUAGGAAUGUCUGUAGUUAAAACCAUAAACUUGAACACACAAUUUCUAAUUCACUAUAUUCACUGACUAGAAUAGAGAUACUAAAUAGAAAUGCCUUGUAAAUUAGUAUUAGAAUCUCGACAACAUGGUACUCGGAAUCGCUGAAGUUUUAUAGCACACGCGCGGGAAAAUCGACAAAAUGCAAAUUCUACAUUAUUUUCUAGAACUCAUUAGAUUUUGUUUACCAAAAUUCAUCUUUUCUGAGUAACCUUUCGUCACGGUAGCCACACAACGUUCGAUUCAUUGGUGUUAUUUUCUAAUGGUUAUAAGUCUCAGCCUGUUCGAUUUCUAGAAUUGAAAUUCUUAUUAUAGAAUUGUAACCGCUGCGCAGUUGCGCCUCUAAUUUGUGCUGAUGAUGCUAUUCUGUUUUCAAUAUUUUGUCAGUAGAUUUAGGGGAAUUUCUCGAAUAAAAUACGACUUGUGAUCUGCA